CUGAGGGCAGGGAGAAGGGGGUCGGAUCGGGUCACUAUUCCACCCACCCCCCAAACUUGGGGAAUAGCCCAUUUUAAAAUUAAUAUUAACCUGUAUUCUGAAUGUAUCACCUGCCACAUUCUCUGGAUUGCUGUGAAGGACUGGGUAAUGUGGAUUAUAGUAAGGUUGAUCUCUCAGCCAUGGCUGUCUUCUUUAGUUACAUGGAUGUGACGGACUCGAGCUUUGUGGUGGCUGUCUUCUUCAUAGCCUUCAACCCACUUUUCUGGAAUCUGGUAGCAAGAUGGGAGCACAGGACCCGCUCUCUGACGCGCAUCUUCCAUUCCCCGUACACUGCCUGCUACUUCCUAGGAGCCAUCAUCUUGUUACUUAAUUUUCUGCGAACUCACUGUUUUGCAGAAGCAAUGAAGAGUCAGCCGAAACUGGAAGCUCUGGACUCCCUUCCUGGCUACUACUCCGGAGCUGGACUCAUGGCAAUAGGCAUUAUCUUUGUUGUCUCCAGCUUCCUUGCACUGGGCUUUGUUGGAACAUUCUUGGGUGAUUACUUUGGGAUCCUCAUGGAGGCCAAAGUGACCUGCUUCCCAUUCAGCGUAUUGGACAACCCCAUGUACUGGGGCAGCACCACCAUCUACCUGGGAUGGUCCAUCAUGCAUGCGAGUCCAGCUGGGAUCAUCUUGACAGCCAUCACAGCUCUGUGCUACACAAUUGCUAUGCUGUAUGAAGGGCCUUUUACUGAAGAAAUCUAUCACCAGAAAGCAACCAAGAGUAAAUAGCUGCAGCGACGGAGGCAGAGGCCCAGAAAAAAACAACAGGGUUGUCUGGAAGCAGGAAGAUGGUCUGCCAGGACCGGCCACCCUAUGCAGGACAAUACAAUGGGAUAUGAAGGUUCAGAGUGAUUUUAAUUCCGCUUUCCUAAAACUUUUCAGAAGUCCCUUUGAGAUGGAAGCCAAGGCGGGGCGGUGGGAGCUUCAGUGCUUUGCAAAGCCUCCCACCAAUACCAGGCAGGUGGGCUUUUUCGCAAGGAACCCGGCUCCACCUCUGGCUUUCAGCAGGUUCCGUUAAGUGUGGAAGUUUGAAUGGGUUUGAUUAUAUGCUUGAAAGUGUCAAGAGAAGUAAAGCAGGUAGGAGGCCUGAGAAUUUUUAUGUAAGCGCGCGUGCACACACAGAGAAGAAAAGAACAAAAAUGACAGCAAAUGCAUAAGAGCAAUAUGGCACAAGGACACAUGCACUCGGCGCAUGCAUUAGCAGGUUGCAACUGCUGUCUUUUAGAAGAUGUGAGCAAAACAAGGGUUGAAAGCACAUGCUGUGUAAAAAUUUCUCUCAGUACUUCAUUGUUUCAAGCCGUCUUCUCUUCUAACUGUACAUGUUUUGAUCUCUUUGUGUGUGUGUGUGUGUGUUGGCCCGAAGGCCAACACCACCAAUGUAUCUGGCUCUGCAGCCACUUUAGGGUAAUGGAAAAACCGUCUGUCUCAUUCUCAGGAAUUGGAGACCCUUAUUUGCUUUGUAGUGGAUUGGACUUAUAAAAGGCCUUUGUCUGUUUUCUCUCCCUAUUGUUUUGGGGGCUGUUGUUUUUCAGAAACCUUUCCUUGGUUUCUUGCCGCUUGGACAUCUAAACCUUAGUAGAGUAUGCCUUCCCAUUGUCUCCCUCUGCCACCAAACAAACCGCUAUAUCAGCUUCUGGGAUAUAGCCACAUUCUUUCCACCACUGCCCUAAUCCCUUCUCCUUUGUACCUGUUAGUUUUCUGAGCUCACGCCGGUAUUUUAGUAAUAAUCCAACUAUAUGCCAAACUAUAUGCCAAACCUGAGCCGGAUUAACCAUUCUGGAGCUCGGAGCCCCAGUGAGAUCUGAGCUGUUCACCUAGGAAUAGAUAUCUGAAUUAUUUACAUUAUGUCCACAUCAGUUGUAUCUCAAGGUAUUGAGCAGUAAAUGCACUUGUUUAAAAAAUAA